CACCCUGCCCCUUACCAAACAGCCCUUUAAGGGUUUAGGGUUUUGGUUAACCGCCAUUGUGCAACCCGUCUGCUCAUUACUACAGAGAACCACGCAAAGCAGAAAUCAGACACUACGACUCAGCAAACCCAGCUUCCCUAACACCAGUACUAUCGUUCCGUAAACAUGAGGAAGAAGGUCGAUGAACGAAUCAGAACACUCAUUGAUAAUGGCGUCAAAACUAGACACCGUUCCAUGUUCGUCAUCAUCGGGGAUAAAUCCCGAGACCAGAUUGUGAAUCUGCAUUACAUGUUAAGUAAGGCGGUGGUGAAGUCUAGGCCAAAUGUUCUCUGGUGCUACAAGGACAAACUUGAACUCAGCAGUCAUAAGAAGAAACGUGCCAAGCAGGUAAAAAAGUUGAUGCAGAGGGGACUGCUGGAUCCUGAGAAGGUUGACCCCUUCUCGCUUUUUGUUGAAACUGGAGGAAUAACGUAUUGCUUGUACAAAGAUUCUGAAAGAAUUCUUGGGAAUACUUUUGGCAUGUGUAUAUUACAGGAUUUUGAGGCUUUGACACCAAAUCUCCUAGCGAGAACUAUAGAAACAGUGGAGGGUGGGGGAUUGAUUGUAUUGCUGCUUCGUUCUCUUUCCUCUCUCACACGACUGUGCACCAUGGUCAUGGAUGUUCACGAGAGGUUUCGUACAGAAUCUCAUUUGCAGGCUGCUGGGCGCUUUAAUGAACGGUUUUUACUAUCACUUGCAUCAUGCAAAGCAUGCGUAGUUAUGGACGAUGAGCUAAAUAUUCUGCCGAUCUCUUCACAUAUGAAGUCAAUUUCUACAGUUGCUUUAAGAGAGGACUCUGAGGGCCUUUCAGAAGCGGAUCAAGACCUAAAAAAUCUAAAAGAACAACUGAAUGAUGAUUUUCCUGUUGGUCCUCUUAUUGGGAAUUGUUGUACACUGGACCAGGGAAAAGCUGUCAUUACAUUUCUUGAUGCUAUUUUGGACAAGACACUUCGUAGCACAGUUGCUUUACUUGCGGCUCGUGGCCGUGGGAAGUCAGCCGCACUUGGUCUGGCCAUUGCUGGAGCUAUUGCUGCGGGGUAUUCAAAUAUAUUUGUCACUGCACCCAGCCCCGAGAACUUAAAAACAUUGUUUGACUUUGUAUGCAAGGGAUUUGACAAGCUCGAGUAUAAGGAACACUUAGAUUAUGAUGUGGUGAAAAGCACCAAUCCGGAGUUCAAAAGAGCGACAGUGCGGAUCAAUAUCUACAAACAGCACAGGCAGACAAUCCAGUAUGUACAACCACAUGAACAUGAAAAGCUCUCUCAAGUUGAAUUGUUGGUGGUGGAUGAAGCGGCAGCUAUUCCGUUGCCAAUUGUCAAGUCUUUACUUGGCCCUUAUCUCGUCUUCCUUUCAUCUACUGUUAAUGGCUAUGAAGGUACUGGACGGUCUUUAUCGUUGAAACUACUGCAGCAAUUAGAGGAGCAAAGUCAGGUGUCUGCUAAAAGCGUGGAGGGCACCCUUUCUGGUCGACUUUUCAAGAAGAUGGAGUUGAACGAGUCUAUCAGAUAUGCUCCCGGUGAUCCAAUCGAAUCCUGGCUUCAUGCUUUACUUUGUUUGGAUGUCACAAAUUCCAUCCCCAAUAUCAACAGGUUGCCUUCACCUAGUGAGUGUGAUCUCUACUACGUUAAUCGGGAUACACUUUUCUCAUAUCACAAAGAUAGUGAGUUAUUUUUGCAGCGAAUGAUGGCCCUCUAUGUUGCCUCUCACUACAAAAAUUCCCCAAAUGAUCUGCAAUUAAUGGCUGAUGCUCCAGCACACCACUUGUUUGUGCUACUUGGUCCAGUUGAUGAGUCAAAAAAUCACCUUCCUGAUAUCCUGUGUGUCAUCCAGGUGUCUCUCGAGGGACAGAUUUCUCGUAUAUCUGCCAUGAAAAGUCUAAGUGAUGGUCAUCAGCCCUUUGGAGACCAAAUACCAUGGAAAUUUUGUGAGCAGUUUGAGGACACAGUUUUUCCAAGUCUUUCAGGUGCUCGCAUUGUACGCAUUGCCACACAUCCAAGUGCAAUGAGGCUUGGUUAUGGUUCAGUUGCAGUGGAACUUUUGACAAGGUACUUUGAGGGACAGCUGACUCCAAUCUCCGAAGUAGAUGUUGAAGACACUCCCGACUCUCCAUAUGUCAGAGUUACCGAGGCUGCAGAGAAGGUCUCCUUGUUGAAAGAAAAUAUAAAACCUAGGACAGAUCUUCCGCCUCUUCUUGUACAUCUCCGUGAACGACAACCAGAAAAGCUCCAUUACAUUGGUGUCUCAUUUGGGCUUACACUGGACCUUUUCCGCUUUUGGAGGAAACAUAGAUUUGCUCCAUUCUACAUUGGCCAGAUUCCAAGUACUGUGACCGGUGAGCACACAUGUAUGGUCCUGAAGCCAUUAAAUAAUGAUGAUGUUGAAGCAAAUGGGGCAGAUCAAUGGGGCUUUUUUGGUCCUUUUUACCAAGACUUCAGGCGGAGGUUUACUAGACUGUUGGGAUCUAGCUUCCGUGCAAUGGAAUACAAGCUUGCUAUGAGUGUUUUGGAUCCAAAAAUCAACUUCACAGAACCAGAGCCUGCUUCAGAUGGAUUUUUGAAGUUACUUGAUGAAAUUUUAUCACCAUACGAUAUACAGAGAUUAGAAGCUUACACGAAUAAUCGUGCUGAUUUUCACAAGGUAAGAUCUCCAAGUGAUGGUUAACACAUCGUUGUUUUAGGAUUUUUUUGUAUCGGGAAAGCAAAUACCAUCUUAUACGUUUGAAUUUUUUAGUGAUUAAUUUUUUGAACACAGAAAAUGCCUGUAAGCUUCAAGUUAUCAGAACUAGCCAUAGGAAGGCUCUCAACCCAAACUAUUUGGGUUUGGCUACUAAUGUUAGGGAGUGGCAUCCUUAUGAGUCACCUACAUCUCCAUGCCUAGGUUCCGUACCGAAAGGUACUACUAUAAUGGGAAGGUUGUACCUUUAAAAUGUAACUUUACCUCUGGUAAAGGGAAUUUCAUGAACGAUCAUGGGCUUCCCCUGAGCCAUUGUAACUUCUCAUGUGGAGUUGUGACUUGACCUUUAAAAAUUGUAACUUUACCUUUAAAUAUUGUAGAUUCCAUGAUUGAUCGCAAUGUUUUAGGACCGAUCAUGCCCUUUGCAAGUUAUAACUUACACCUAAAAAAGUUAUAACUUAAAUCUUCAAAAGUUGUAAUUUUCGUUUCGGUACCGAUGGCGGUACCGUAGUCUUUCUCCUUCAUUAUAUCUUUUUUUCUUCUUUUGGUUUUUGAAUCACUAAACAAAUUAUGAAGUUUGGAGACGAGGAAUCCUGAAAAGUGAUCUUGCAAAUCCUGAAUGAGUUCAUGGGAAAUUUGGGAACCAUUCUUGAUAUAAUGGUCUGAUCAUUUAAUAUCACUGAGAUAAAGAUAAGAGGUCAGGGAGACAUUGAUGCAAGCAUAUAUCCGCCACAGGUAUACGUCAAUAAAAGAGUCAUAAUUUUGUUGUUUGAUCUACAUAUUGGGUGGGCAUUUUGAUCUUAUUAAGUGAAUUGGAUGGUAAUGUGCUAGUUGCUUGGCUUGUUUACCUGAAGGGGACACUCAUUGGCCUUAAUUCAGGGGGUUCUGUGCAACUUACCCUAUCUUUUAUGACUGCCUUUUUAUCAAUUUAGGAUAUGUCUUUUUUGUUAACAUGCUUCAGCAUUCACAUGCUUCAGUCAGACUCCCUGCAGUCCCUGCCCCAUUGGGAUGUUGGAAGAUCACUUGAACUCUGCCUGUUCAAGCACAUUUGUCAUUUGUCAGCUUGACUAAGUCAAGCUUCAGCUCCAAAUUUGCUGCGGAAUCAAGCAGGGUUUGGUCAGCCAGCAGCUCAACUUGGUUUGGGUCAAAUAGUUUGUUCUGCCUUAGGUUCUUCUUGUGAAAUGUAAGAAGAGAGGUUAACAAAAGAAGUAAAUCUAUAUCCUUUCACAAAUGUGUCUAACUAUUAUUCCAUUUUGUAUGCAUGAAACAGCUGCAAUCAAGAGGCAAGAUAAGCAUGUUGUCCUUACACCUCAAGGCUUUAAUGCCACAACAAAUUUAAAAUUUCUAGAACUAAAAAUUAAGACUAUCCUAGUAGAUCUUCUAAAGACAGAACUUGCCGAGACCUCAACUCUUUACCUCAUAGAUUUCGGAAAACUGUCUUCAUGGGUUUAGAGGAUCUAACACUGAUUAUGACAUCUCAGAAAGCCAUUGCUCUGUCUCAAUCAGCUCUUGGCUCGCUAUGGUGCCUACAUGCAUCUAUUCAACUAUAGAAAAAGGACUAUAAUAUAAGCACAUCUUUAUCUGUACCUGUACCACCAACCGUUUCUGAUUUCUGAAAAUCAACUACUUAUGAGUGGUAGCCAGGGUAUUUCUACCAAUUUAAAUUAUCUUGGAAGCUCAUUUAAAACUUUGAGCUGAGCUGGAACAUGAUAAAUUAAAAUCCAAGCCAGAACUAGGUCACCUUUUAGCACAAUCCGUUGGCCCAGCUGAACUUGAGCACUCCAGAACUUGGCUUUGUUUACUUGUUUUCCCAUUCCGUUCUUGUUUAGAUUGCUCAUAAGGCUCCAAUUUCAUUAGUUUACAAUUAAAAUUGGGCCAUUCCACUAAGUUGCACAUGCAAUUGGUUUCUGUGGUGGUCAACCUUUGUAUAGACCACUUUUAAGGUAUUGCAUGCUCUCUUGCUAUAUUAUUAAUGAAUCUAUUUUCGUGGUAGUUACUUGAUUCUAGCCAUGAGAAAGCAGGUCUAUGUGGAAUGUUUGAAGCCGAAAAGAAAUGGAGAGAUUUCGGGAGGGCGCUAAUAAGUAUUAGCCAUUUAAAAAUGGAAGUUCAUAAUGAAGGAAGAAUGAUCUGCUCUCUCUCUCUCUCUCUCUUUCGGUUGGAGUGCAAAGGGCAAAUGAUGAGAGAGAAUCUUCUUAGGUUUCCUCUUUGGAGCACGUCACUUAUAUUUACUUUCUUCAGAGCCAUAAUUCAAUUCAAAUCUUUAAUUAUAGCAGGUCAUUUGGUGCCGAAGCCAACUUGGUGAGACUGAAAGCAAGUUAUGCUUUGGAGCAUAAGCCAUUUUAGAGUUUGAUCUCUGAGAGUAGCCAAGAGGAACCAACCCCAAAUUUAACCAGAUUAAAACUAUUUUAAGCCAUUUUUGUGUUUUUGUACACAACUGAGAGUUGCAAGCCUACAAGAAGAAAUAACAUAACUGGAGUAAAUUGGGUGGGAACAUUAUUUUAUUAUUGACGAGUACGGUUCACGUGCAGUUGAGAUUCAUGUUAAGUAUUCACUUCUCGAUUUGUCUAUUUAAUGGCUGCCGUUCUUCGCACACCUUUAAAUUCCUAUUUUGUUUAUAGGGCUAGUUAUGCCACAUUUAGAAUAACCUUUGGACAGUGUCAUUCUCGGUAAUUUGGAUUUCUGUAACUUCUUCAGGAUCACUUCUCCAUCCCACGGGUUCAUGUUGUCAUGAUCUUCUUUUAUCAAGUAGAUCUAAGUCAACCAAUAGUUGGAAAUGAGAGUAUAAGAAUCUUUUUUUAUCAGUGUAUAGUAUAAGAAUGAAUGAUGGUUUUUGUGUCUUAUAAUCUUUCAGCAAGUAAAUUGUAUGUAUUCUUCAGAUUCUAGAUCUCGUGCCAACCCUUGCUCGUCUUUAUUUCCGGGAGAAGCUUCCAGUUUCAGUGUCAUAUACCCAGGCUUCUGUUUUGCUCUGCAGUGGCUUGCAGGAGAAAAGUAUCACUUGCAUUCAGGGAGAGAUGAAGUUGGAAAGACAGCAGAUAUUGUCUUUGUUCAUAAAAGUCAUGAAGAAGCUCCACAAACAUCUAUAUGGUAUUGCAUCAAAGGAGAUUGAUUCAAGUCUACCUCGACUGCGAGAAGUUGUGAUGAAACCCCACAGCGUAUCCGUGGACGAAGAUCUUAAUGACGCAGCAAAGGAAGUCAAGGUUUGCUCAAUAUCUUCCACUUACCCCCCUCCUCCCUCUCUCUCUAGUAACUUGCAACAUAUGCAGGACGAGAUGCAAGCCAAAAUGGAUGGUUUACUGGAUCCAGAGCUCCUCCAACAGUAUGCCAUUGCAGACAAAGAAGUUGAUUUUGAAAAUGCUUUGCAAAACGGAGGAAAGAUAUCCUCGGGCGGUCUAAUUAGCUUAAAGUCGAGCCGAAGUGGGCUGGAAAAACAUGAGAAACAGAAAGAAAGCCACAAAAGUGGGAAGAAAAGAAAUAAGGAAGGCAACAGCUCUAAAUUAAACAAAAAGAGGAAACCUUGAUCAGCAUAUUGGCCCUGUAAGUUACCAAGUUGGAGUAUGCCUGCUUGUGAAAAUAGAGACUGUGUCAUUGUAAUGUAGUUUCUUAGGUUCCCUCUCCCACCUAUUUAUUGGAUGACAAUGAUCACCAAUCAAUUAUCUGGGAGAUGAAAUUUUUGACAUGAAUUAUGGUGGUAAUACAACCCCUUGUAUUUAUUUAUUUCUCAGUCGGAUUUUGACCUAUUGAGAUUCAUUUGUUGUCUUAAAAACAGUAAUAAUGC